AUUAUAAUCAAUCACUUGGUUUGUGUAUUAGACUCUUGAGUGUAUUGACCUCGACUUUCGUGUUCAUCCCAAAUUUUAACCUCCCCCUUUUUUUUUGUUUGUCCCUCGAAAUUCCUAUGGCGAUUCCCGCUCUUUCUCCUUCCCAAUCUCAUUCUGAAGAUCAAGAAGAAGAAGAUCCAAUCUCCCCUUUUCAAAACCCUAAUUCCAUGGACCACCAACAACCCGGAGAAGCAGCGGAAGCACCAGUUGAUGUACAGCAGAACCACUUCGAUCCUCCUCAAUCUUCUCAAACCCUAACCCUAGAUUUACCCGAUCCCCAACAAAAUUCCCCUCAACCUGACCCCCAAGAUUCAGAACUUCAACUCAAUGAAAAUUUCAUCAAUGAUCAUGAUCCUAGUGACCAAGGUGAGCCUACUGCUCUCUCUCCUCGAAUCGCCGAUAUCAAUGCCCUUGUUUCUCCCUCCUCUGUUUCUCGACGGGGUCCGAAGCGGAAAAAGUCUUGGAUGAAACUGAGAUCCUUUCAGGAGAAAUCUCAAAAGAAGCUUGAGAUUCUGAUUGCUACUUUCAAACCUAUUCCUUUUGUGCCUGCUAAAAGUCUUGAUUUCUCCAGUCACGAGAAGCUUUUGAAUCGAUUAGGGUUGUGGGAUUUUGUUCAUACUAAGUUUGAUACGCCUUUGCGACAAGAUCUUCUUAUGCAAUUGGUUGCGAAUUUUAACAACACCCAGAGGUGUAGUUAUGUUAAUGGGAAUAGAAUUAUGGUCAAUCGGGCUGAUUUGGCUCGCGCGCUGCGGUUGCCAGUGAGGAGAACGACGUCAGUGGACAAUGGUAAGAAAGAGCCUGUUGCAUCUGAGGAAUCGAUUGCUUUUAUUGAAGAUUUUGUGUCCAACUGGUUGCUCUUACAUGAAGAUACUUGGAUGAUGCCCAAUGAGAUAAUGCAUUGGACAAAAGUGAUCAAGGAUGGGAAAUUUGAGCGAGUUGAUUGGGCAGGUUUGAUUUGGUUUAUGGUGGAAAAGGAGUUGAUGCAAUCUCCGCAAUUGGUGAAUUGUUACUAUGCUUCACAUUUGCAGUGCCUGAUCCGGUCACAACGGGAAGAUAUAUUGAAGGAAGAAGCGCCUAAGGUAGAAGAGAAUGAACACAAGGAGAAGGUCGAGCAGGAACCUGAGCAGGGGCAGAGGCAGGAGCAGGAGCAAGAGCAAGAGCAAGAGCAGGAACAGGAGAGAGAACAGGAUGAUGAAGAUGGGGUUUGUAACGAGAGUCCAAAGAUAGUUGGGAACGAUGACUCUAUGGUUAAGGAAUUGGAGGAACACAAUAUUGAAUUGUGCCUUGGGCAAGACAAUGUCGAGAAAGUUGAUGAUCAUAAGGAGAAAGAUAGUCUUGGGGAUAUGAUGGAUUUAAUGGAAAACAAAGUAGAAGAAGAUGAUGAACAUGAACAAGAAGAACAAGAACAAGGUCAGUGGCUUUUGGAUGGAAAAGGUAGAGCCCCAGAGCUUCUGUUCAGGAGGUGUAAUACAAAUGAAUUCAAGGAAUUUGAUCUUGGGGAUGAGAAAAAAGUUGAAUUAGAAGAAGGGGAUGGUCAAGGAAAAGAAGAAGAUGAGGAGGAGGAAGAGGAGGAGGAGGAGGAAGAAGAAGAGGAAGAAGAGGAGGAGGAGGAGGAGGAGGAGGAGGAAGAAGAAGAAGAGUUCCGCCUGUUGCCAAGGAGCAACGCCAUUGAUGGGUUUCCUCCAAGCCAAUUUAUUCAAGAAAUGGAGACAGAGCCAAUUAACUUUAACUCAGAAUUUGACUUACAAGGUCAUUCAUCUGUUGAAUUUCUUCCACCACCCAGAGAUGAUAACAGAAUGAGUUCUGGCGGCUGUAUACCUUUUGUUAGUAACAACAAGAGAGUGAUCGACCCUGAUAUUGACAACCCAGCUCAGUCUCUUAAUGGCGGGAACAAGAGGUUAAGGAGCGAAGGCCCUCUUGACUAUGAUAAGUGUAUGGAUAACGUACAACAGUGGCUUGAUAAAGCAAGGAUGAUGUACGCUGAGAAAGAACAGGUUCAUCAGCAGGCCACUAUGAAUCAGCAAUACUUGCUUCACGAGCUGCAGCAGAGGGAGACCUUUAUUGAACAUUUGAGAAAGACAAAGUUUGAGGAGCAACAGAAGAUGCAAUCUGAUAUUUACCGGCUUGAGCGCGAGCUCUAUGUUAUGGGAAAUCUAUUGGACGGCUACAGAAAGGCAUUGAGGGAAACAAACAAAGCAUUUGCAGACUAUAGAACUCGAUGCCCACAAUCCGAUGAACCACUCUACAAAGAUGUUGCUGGUUCUGGUGGUCUUGUUCUGAGUACCAUGGAACUGGAAAGGAUACGUCUAAAACAGGCAGAGGAAGAUAGACUAAGCCGCUUAGUUAUUGAGAAGAAGUUCAAAGCCCUGGAAGACAAGUUUGUUGACAUAUUUCAUGCUCAUCUGCAGCAGGUUAGUUCGUUGGAUAGUAGGCUGCUUGAAUUUGGAAAUGAAGUGAAAACUCUGAGGGAAUCACUUGCAAACAAGAAAGCUUCAGAAACUUCAGAACCCAUUUCAAAUGAAUGAUGCAAUCCCCAGGACUCACUAUGUCACUAUGUAUAGUUUAACUUUGACUCAUGACUAGCUUGCUUCCAUGGUGUUUACUCUUUAAGUUUUGUGUCUCUGUUUGUGCAGAUUCAAACUGGAAAGGUAGUCCAUUUUUAUCUUUUCGGUAUAUUACGGUUAUUCUAGAAGUUUUCGACGUAAUAUUAUUCUUAUUACAUAUAUGAUGAUCGUUGAAAGCUUUCCUGUU